AUGCCAAACUGGAGGGAGGAGUACCUCAUAUCCCUCCGGGAUUCCGAGAUGAACACCCCGGUGAAUAUGGAGCUGGUACAGACGUGUUCGCAAAUGGCGGAUCGAAUAUCCGCCUUGGAAGCCGAGCGCUCCUCCCUAGAAGCCCAGCUCGCAUCCUCCGGCAAGCCACCCCAGAAGAACGCGGCUGGCGGCGCCGCGAACAGCACCGCCGACACGGGGGAGACGGCGCAGCUGCGGCACGACCUGGCCGAGGCGCUGCGCUCCAAGGGCACGACCGAGACGCGCCUGCGCGCCGCCGAGGAGGAGCUCGCCAAGCUGCGGUCCAAGACCAAGGAGGACGCGCGGUCUGUCCGCAGCCUGACGGCGGACCGGACGGCGCUCACGACGAGGCUCAAGGACCGCGAGUUCGAGCUGCGCGAGAAGCGCAAGCUUGUCGAGGUAACUACAGCGGUGCUGACUUUUUGGGGGUCUCAAGUACAAGACGAAAUGAUUACGCUCAACCUCCAAGUCUCCGUCGCGGAAAAGGAGAGAGACAAGGUGAAGAAGGAAAACAAGGAGCUUGUCGACCGCUGGAUGAAGCGCAUGGCGCAAGAAGCUGACGCCAUGAAUCUCGCCAACGAGCCUGGCUCAAGAUGA